CUCCCUGGCCCGUCGUGUCCCGGCUCCUGCGGCUCGACGAGUUCGGCGUCUGCGAGGAGGAGCUGUGGACGCGGCUGGAGCAGUGGGCAGCGUGCGCGGCCGACGACCCCAGGCUCCUGGGACCGCUGGCGGGGCCAGCGCGGUCGGGCGCCGAGGACUCGGGCGGCAAGCGCCCCAGGCUCGAGGACGCGUUCGGGGGCGCCCUGCGGGGGCGCGACGGCGGCAGGGCCGAGAUCCUGCGGCCCCUGGCGCGGCACUUCCGCUUCACCGACAAGGAGUUUUUCUGCGACAGGGUCCGGCCCCUGCUGUCGCGCGAGGAUAGCGACGCGGUCAUGAUGUACCACGUGCUGGGGAGGCCCGUGGGCAACCAGCCCACCUCGAGGAGGUCCGGCAUCGUGCCCGCGGAGGAGGUCCAGGCCGCGAGGAUCACGUCGUUCUGCGACCCCCAGCAGGCGGUGAACCUGUCGGCGGGCUCGGGAGAGUGGCAGAUCGGGUUUGGGUAUCCUCGGAGGAGGCCUGGAGUCGCCUGUGUACCUGACCAAGGUCUUGCUUUGUUCUUCGAUGCUCUUCGGCGCGGAGCACGAGAUCUGGCCCGAGUGGGAGCUCACCUGCGGCACGGACAGCGGCCGGGAGCACCCCACGUGUGCCGACAGUGGCGUGUGGUCCAAGCUGGCAGUCGAGGGCCGCGUGGGGACAAUCAUCCCGGAGGGGGCAUCGUCGGUCGCCCCGAACUGUCCGACCGCCUCCAGGUCGUUGCCAAGCGGUGCGGGCAGAUGUUCUGGCCCAUGGCCGCCUUGAAGGGUAUCACCGUGUAUGGCAAGAAGUCUCGCGACGCCUACGUUGUCGACGUGGUCAACCGUCUAUCCAUGGACGUCUUGAUGCAGACACCCGCGAGCCGAUAA